CGCCCGCGGUGGAUGCCGCCGGGGAGCGGGGCUGCCGCGGCCGCCGCAGCCCGCCUGCAUGCGAGUGCCCUCGCCGCUCACCAGCAUGCUUUACUUCCAGAUGGUGAUCAUGGCAGGGACCGUGAUGCUGGCUUACUAUUUCGAGUACACGGACACCUUCGCGGUCAACGUGCAAGGCUUCUUCUGCUACGAGGGCGCGUACCGAAAGCCCUACCCGGGCCCGGAGGAGCGCAGCGCCGUGCCCCCGGUGCUGCUCUACUCGCUCACCGCGGGCGUGCCCGUGCUGGUGAUUAUCGUUGGAGAAACUGCAGUGUUUUGUCUACAGUUAGCUACAAAGGAUUUUGAAAACCAAGAAAAAACAAUAUUAACUGGAGACUGUUGUUAUAUAAAUCCACUGGUGCGCAGGACCAUCAGAUUCCUUGGAAUUUACGCAUUUGGACUGUUCGCUACGGACAUCUUUGUAAAUGCUGGACAAGUAGUAACAGGGAAUCUUGCACCACAUUUUCUUGCACUUUGUAAGCCCAACUAUACAGCACUUGGAUGUAAACAGUAUACGCAGUUCAUCAGUAGUGUACAUGCCUGUACUGGAAAUCCAGACCUUAUCAUGAAAGCCAGAAAGACAUUCCCAUCCAAAGAAGCAGCACUAAGUGUAUAUGCAGCUAUGUAUCUGGCUAUGUAUAUUACCAACACAGUAAAAGCCAGAGGAACAAGGCUUGUCAAACCUGUUCUGUGUUUGGGCUUAAUGUGCUUGGCUUUCCUUACUGGAAUCAACAGAGUAGCAGAGUACCGAAAUCACUGGUCAGAUGUAAUAGCAGGAUUUGUAAUUGGAAUAUCUAUAGCAGUAUUUUUGGUUGUUUGUGUGGUAAAUAACUUCAGAGGACGUCAGCCAGAACAUGAACAUUCUCAUAUGGAUAAUCUGGCCCAGAUGCCCAUGAUCAGCAUACCCCGAGUAGAAAGCCCUUUAGAAAAGAAGCAAAGAACAGAAAGUAGAGAACUCCAUGAACUCUUGAGACCUGCUACAAGAAUACCAAGUGACUGGUCAGUCAUGGUGAUUUCUUGGCUACUAAGUGACAUCAUAUUUAAAUGUAUUAUGGCAGAGCUUGUAGAUUAUCACAGGAAUGCCUUCAUUUUCAUAGGUCUGCAUAGGGCAAGCCAGUAAAUUCGCAAUACUGAGCUUUAACUAGUGUCUUUGUUACUGCAGCACUGAAAGACACAAAGCAACUAGUGAUAACACAGCUGUAGGAACAAUGGAAUACUUCUUAUUCUAUUAUAGGAAAUUUAGAUAGUCAAUAAACUGGAAGGGUACAGAAAUACCUCUACUUGUUUUCAAUUAGUAAAUCCAGUAAAUACAAUUACAAGUAACACUUCAAAAUAGCACUUCAUUUAGCCUGAAUGUUAAUGCAGCUUGAGACAUACAUACUCUCUUAUGCUAGCCAGGUGGUGCUUGACAAGUUGACAGCAGAAUCCUUAAGAAAAGGCAAUUAAGGAAAAAUCCAAACACACAUAAGGUCUUACUCUUUCCCUAUAUCGUGACAAAGAGGAAAUAACAUUUUAGAAAUUCUAGUGUACAUAGACACACUGCAAUGUUGUACUUGAUCACACUGACUUUAGCUAUACAGUUUUGAAGGACUGGAUUAUCCACUGCAUAAGCUACCAGAAAACAGGAGAUGUCUGUCUCUCGUUACUCUCUAGUGCUCAGAAAUUUAAAGGAUGCAGAGAAUGGCCACUAAUAGGAAUGGCUCCUGGUUAGGUUGUGUGCCCGGGAAAUGAAGUCAGUAAGACUGGGGAAUAAUGAGGAGCACAGUGAAACACUGCUGUGGAGAAGGGAAUGGGAGACUUGAAUAGGAGUUGAACUGGGUGGGGAGGGAUAAGGGAGAGCUGUGGAAAGGAGGAGAAGCAGAUAGUGACUGAGUUAGAAAGUAGGAGAUGAUUCCUCAUAGGAGAAGGACAGAAGUGCUCAGCCACUGUACCCUAUCCAUGGCAUACAUGGUGCCUGAGAGCAUGCAGAGCACAUGCUUUGAGAAAACUUUGAGAAAAAAGAGGCAAGCAAUGAGGUGAGGGAUGCUACAGUAAAAGAGGCUUAAUAAGCGUCAAAUGGUGCAUCAAAAGCAUGAAUGAGUAACUUAACUUUGGACACAUGAGAGAAUAUUAAUGAUGUUAGUAAUGACUGAACAAGUAAAAAAUACUGUAACAGGCACUGUGUUUGUGCAUGAGUUUAGUGAGUAAUACUCAAACCAGUAUCUUUAAAGUAGGAUUUUUGUUUCUACUGAAAACACAAAAACCACAUUCUGAUUCUCGGGUUUCUGAGAUUCCCUUCCUUAAGUUUCACUUCCAAAUAUUAAAAGCAGAUGCUAGGGCUUCUUUUUCUGCUGUUUUCAGGAGUGCAUUACACACCUGUAGUUUGUAGUAUAAGGGCCUCUGACAGUUAUCACUUCUCCACCAUCAGCAUUAACCACAGAUCUCAAAUAAACAUGCAUACUUUAGAUAAAUACUCCCAACCUAAAUAUUAAUUUUAUCAAAUUUUCUUGACUAUCGGGAUUAAGAUAAUGAUCUUCCAAUAAAACAGGAAAAAAAGGGUAAGACCUCACUUUGCAAACAAGGAGGAGACAGUUAGAACAGUGUCUCCUAUUACUGCAGCUGCUGCAGUAAGAUUUUUUUUUCUAAAAUCCAGAUCUACUGAGGUAUAAGAGCAAAAACAUGUUUAAUGCAGAUUUCAGUAUUCAAGAAAAGCACCAUUAAAGAAUAAUGUCUCAGUAUAAACCAAUUUGUCCAGUAUUUCACAGGCUACUUAAGAACCAUGGGCAGUUCCAGAGAUCCCUGAACCAUUUUCUGCAGUUUGUUACUUAAUGAUAAUAAUUUCCUUACAGGACAAGCUUUGGCAUUUUGACUUAAAAUUCUAAUUCAGCAGAAAGCAUUUCUAGACAGGAAAGAGAACAAAAGAAUUAUUUUUGUGUUUUAAUUUAGCUAAUCAUUCACUAGUAAAAUAUUCCAAUAUACUUAGCACCACUUUAACAUACAUAUUGCUGAUAUAGGAGUCAGAGAUCAUCAAUAACUGAAGAAAACAUGAAAGGAUGUCAAAAGCUUGCUGCCUGAUUUCAGAAAAUAUUUUGAUCGUAAUAUGUAACAACAGAUUGUCAAUGUCCAUGCAUCUUACAGACUGUAUGUUAAUUAAUUAGACUUGAUGAUCAAGAGUUCUGUCUUUUCAAUUAUGUUUUUACAAAAUUAUUUGUAAAAUCAGGACACCAUCAUUGAUUAAAGCGCAAUCCAUAAAAACUUCAGAAUUUAGGAAUGGAAAUUACAAAUAUCAACAUAUAUCUGUGAAAAGUACUAAUUAGUGAUUAAUAGAUUGCUUAGUGUAUUCCAAUUUUUUUUCCAAAAUAAGGAGAAAUUCUUUAAUAUAAUUCAAGACAUCUGGGAAAUUUUCAAAAUGCACACUUCAAUCAACAAUGUAUUCCCCAUGAAGAAACUUCACAGAAUGCUUAGCAUACCUUGUUACAUAUUUUCAAGUUUUCUUCCUUAGUAUACACUCUUGUGAAAGGGAAUUCUUGCCAAGAAUAUUAGCUAGGGCAUUUGAGUUGAAAAUAAAAAUCUAAUUAUAACCACUUUUCUUUCUUUGUGAAGUAGUGUGUUUCAAUUAUAAAAAGAUUCAAUUUAUUAAUUGUAUACACUUGCAGCAUUUGUAUAUUUUUUAAAAGUUCAAUAAGCUUUUCUUAUUGACUUCUCAAAACUGUGUGAUCCUUCUUUAUCCUAAUAAAGUCUGAUUAUUUAAUGAAAGGCUUAGAGACAUAACAACUAGGACUUCCUGAAUGUGCUGUGUGAAAUGGAAUCGUGUUGAAAUGUUUUCUUCAUACAAGAUCAUUUACACAAGUCUGAGCUUUCCAGACCGCCUCUUCAUAAAGCCAUAGCAAAAGGUUUCCAAACUGAAAUACAGCAGCUGACAUGUUCCAAACUCUUGUGGUUAGUAAAACAAGAGUGCCCUCUGUCGACGAUGAACUCAGGAUCAGCCACUUGAGCACAAAUAAAAUACAUUUUGCUCAAAACGUGACAAAUUAAGGUUGAUUGCCUCCCUCUUCCUGCAAAAACUGAUUCUGAAGGUAACACAGCUUUGAACUAAAAUGCAAAAAUGGAACAACCCAUGGAAUUCUCUGUGAAGUAAUCUACAAAAAAAUAGCACUGCUAUGAGAAA